ACGAUUCGUCUAGCAGCCGCCUGUCUUGCUGCUCCUUGUUUUGCGAAAGUAUUAAUUCGGGAGUAAAUAGUUAAUUAAAGCUAACCAUUUAGCUUAAACUUAGUGACUAUUAUUUGUGUAUAGUUAACUACUGGAAAGGUUUUGUCGUAUUACACUUCCCAUUGUGGAUUUUCUCAAAAUGGAUUGUGGUGAUGAAGAGGAUUGUGACUUCGAUAACGACUUCAUACGUAGGCCUAAGUUCUAUCAUAGUACUCCUAGGCUAUCUUCAAUUCUCAAAGACAAUCAUAGGUGUAAAUUAUCCCUAACUGCGUCUUCUUGUGAAAAUAUAUCUCCAGUAGACAGGGCACCGGUAGAGUACUAUAAUCCAUUCACUCCAGAUGGUAAAGUUAUUGCCACUAAGGCGAAUGCUCAGAAAAAGUUCAAGAGAUUGUGUAUAAGUCAACCUCCUCCUGUCUCUUUGGACUCGACCAAUUCCGAUUGUUCGAAGUCUGAUUGCGACUCAACUGACAUACCCCGAAGGCCUCGGUUGAAGGAAAUGAACGUUUCUCGCCUUCAUGAAGAAUUCAUUGUUUUGGAAGAGAUAGGAAAAGGUGUCCACGGUUGUGUUUUCAAAUGUUUGAAUCGAAUGAAUGGUUGUAUCUAUGCUAUUAAAAAAACAUUACAUCCAAUUAAAACAGAUUUUCAAGAGAAAAUCGUAAGGAAUGAAAUCUAUGCCCAUGGUAUUCUUAUACAUCCGAAUGUUGUAUGCAAUUUCUCAAGCUGGAUCGAAGAGGACUUUGGAUUUAUUCAAAAUGAAUAUUGUGAUUUGGGAAACCUAGAGGAAUAUAUCAAAGGUAAUAAACUUUCAGAAAACUUGCUUCGUAGUCUUCUUCUACAAAUGGCUCAAGCUCUGGCCUACAUUCACAGUAAGGGCUUGGCUCAUAUGGAUAUCAAACCUGCUAACAUAUUUCUUAAGUCAGUUUCCUGUGUAAAUGAUGAUUCUGGUGUUGGCGAAAGGAGUGAUGAUAUCACUUUCAAACUGGGUGAUUUUGGCCAUGUCACAAGCUUGGAUGAAGAUAGCGACAUUGAAGAAGGUGAUUGUCGAUAUAUUCCCAGAGAGCUUUUGGAUAGGAAUCCCACUCAUUUGGAUAGAAGCGAUAUUUAUUCACUUGGUUUGACUGUGUACGAAGCCGCUGGUGGUGGCCCUUUGCCAAAAAAUGGCGAGGAAUGGCAAGAAAUCCGCAAUGGAAAGCUCAAGACACUAGGUCAUCUUAGUAGAGAAUUUAAUAAUAUCAUAAAAACUAUGAUUAACCCUAGACCUCAAAAUCGUCCCUCUGCUUUAGAAUUGGUAAAAAUGCUUAAACUAUCACAAUCUCUUUCUUCACAUGCUGAUGAUGAUCUUCAAUAUUACUAUCAACAUCAUUACCACAAUAACUCAAGGCUUGAACACCGAGUUGAAGCUGACGGAUAUUUUAUAAGGGAACUCUUCAAAUCUCACAGACAGCUCCACAGCCAUCUUUACUCUGGAGUGGAUUCAUCUGGGUAUUAUUCAAGGGAACUAAGUCCAUCCAACGGUGGAAAGAGAAGUGGUGCUACAGAAUCUCGUCUGGUUGGGAAAAAAGCCAAACGCUCCAAUAGCACAAUGUUCUAAAUUAGGCCUAAACUUACUGUGGCUUGUUGUGUCUCGGCCUUUACCUCCAUUUUGUUUAUCGGCCUAAAUGGUGAAAGUGUAACUCAAAUUUAGUCUUUUUAUGGUUACCUUUUAUCAAAUUUGAAAUUGUAAGUACAAGUGAGAAGUUUGUGUACGGUAAUAAUUUACUGUAGGCCUAUAGGUCGUGUUUUUUUCAUGAAGACUUAAUCAUAGGCUGCACCGCUACACCAGAUUAUGUAGACAGGUAAUCUGUAAUUUAACUAUUGUACAUUUGAUUUAGACUAGGCUAUAUAAGUUUAUCUUUGGUUUAUAGUAAGUUUGUUACUGGUAGUCGAGAACUAAGUUAUGCAUUGUAGUUAACAUGAUUUGCAAAUGACAGGCCUAACUUGAUUUACCAGUGUUUUUGUUGUCAAUAGUCCUAGAGGUUUAAAAUUUGGUUCUAACUUAGUUAAGUUUUGCAUCUCAUUCGUCCGAAAAUUAAAUUUAUUGAUGCUACCUAACCUAAUAGCAUUUUGAACUCAUUUGAAGUUAUUAAUUGAAGUUACUCUUGAGUAAAUAUUGGUAGGCAAGUAAUGUUCAGUUACUCAACUACCACUUUUGAUCCUAUGUAUGUAUAACGAGGCCUAUUUGGCUUAUCAAAGUGUUGUUAAUGUGCUAAUAUAUAUUAGGCUCAAAUGUCCUUGGUUCAUAAUUGUUAAAUAAUCUCCCUCGGUCAGAAUUUCUCUUCAAUAGGCCUAACUUAAUACAUAUUUCAAGCAUUCAUUUGUUAGGCCUACUUACAGACUAUAACUUAGGCCUACUAUGGAAAGGUUUUUAUUUGAACUUAUGCUAGAUUAUUUUGAUAUGAUAUGUGUGUUUUAUAGGUUUAUAGGCCAAGUUUAUGUAUCUUCAAAAAAAUAUUCAAGGCUAAAAAGUUAAUAUUUGUAAGUACGUCCCACUAAUUAAUCAAAUGUCUGGAUAAAGUCCAAUUACGCCUAUUAGGUCAUCAGGAGUUGUAAGAUUAAUUAAUGUCAGAUAGACAUUGGUACAAUACGCUUAUGGUAAUUUUGUAAAACCCCUCAAAACCUUAUUGUCGUUCAAUUAUUCAAACUGAGCAUUUGACUUAAAUCUUGGCUAAAUUUUUUGAUACAACUAAGUUAUGUGUUGCUUAUUUUUUACUUUUCAAAAUACAUUACCAAAGUAUUUUAUUUAUUCAUAUCAGUUGUUCAACACAAUGCUUUUUAUAAAUUAAUAUUUUUUAUCUUCCUAAUUUCGUCUGUUAAACAACAGGUUGCAAAUAGGCCUAGUAACUUAAUCUCAUCAUUUUUAAAGUUUCACACUCUAAAAAUACAUUUAAGAUAAGCCUACCGGUAGCCUACCAGAGACAGCUAACAGAUGGACAUACCGGUAAUUUAAAGGAGUUACUUCAGCUUCUUUUUACUUGUAUUUGUCGCUUACAGGCAUUACUUACGUCAAAGGCGGAAAGUUAAAUCCGGUUUGGUUAUGUCCCAUAGGUACCUAAAAAAUUUUACCUUAGCCAAGCUGCUAACAUAACAUAACCAUAAAGGUGGUGCCUAUAAUCAACAAAUACACUUAAGUUCCAGAGUUCUUUCAAAAUUGAAGAUCUGACUGUUUGUGCGAUAGUUUUAUAACUUUUUAUUGCCUAUUAGGUUUGCUGCUAAUUUUACUAAAACAACGCUAGGCCUAUUUAUGCUAGUCAUUGUAUUUACUGGUUUUGCUUGCUGACUUACAUACAAUUUUAAACGCUUAAAUUGUUUACUUAAUCUAUUGAUACAUAAGUUAUUUGAACAACUGCGAGGUACAAAGGAAUUAAGUCAAGUUUUAUUUGGUAGUAGUGGGACAUGCCUAUCAUAGCCUUACAGACUUUUCAGGCUACAGUUAUGUUACCCUACCUAUCUAAUCUAGGAUAGAAAGCUAGGUACCCAUUAACUUACAUCCAAUGGGAUUACAAUAAGCCAUUUCAAUUUAUGUGUAGUAGGUAAUAUAAUAUAUAGCACUGAAAUAAGAUUUUGGCACUUUUGUUUUUUAAAAAGGUUCUGGUUUGUUAUUUUUAUCAUAAGUGGAUUACAUUUUUUAUAAUUUAGGCUUAGGCCUAUUGUGCAAACGUAUAUGUGUUUCACUGAGACAUUGUUAUGUUACUCUUGCUGUAUAACCGUUUUCUAGUGUUUAAAGACACUUUUGUUCAUCUCUUUAUCGUUCAAUAAAUUUUGUGUUCACAA